AUGGCGCCACUCUCCGAACCAGCCUUGGCUGAUUCGACGCGCGUCGAGAGCAUCUGGGACAAGGCGCUGGCGUUGAUCACGGAUGAAGACCUCAAAUUGUAUUUGAAGACGGCAGUCAGGAUGCAAAAACGCGAUAUUCUGCCUGCUGUAUUGGAAGCCGUGAACGAAAGACAGCAAGAGUGUUUGCGAAAGCGGUGGAUAUUGAAAAGCGAUGGCAAUCAAAUCAUCGUACGCGACCUGUUAGAAAAGGUAGCAGAUUCAGCUCGACGAUUCAACGAACGAGGCAAUAUGACUGUCCAGUCGGACUCGAUAAACGCUUCGUUUCCUUGGGCCGCCAUUCGAUUUCUUCUUCGAGCAGCUGUCGGCAGCGUCCAGGAAUUCGCCAAUAGAUGUACUCAACUGGACGUCAUUGCUCGCUUGAUUAGCAGAUGCCACGGAUUUGAAAGCCAAUACCUUGAACAAAGGAGUUUACCAGCAAAUGAAAUCGCAGCGGAAGCCCUCACGCACCUCUAUGCUGGAAUUCUCACUCACCUCGGAAGAAUGGUCAGCGACUUCAAAGGCAACCCACUCGUUCCCGCGAUCAAAAGCGAGUCUCGAGUAGAAGAAGAUGCUGAAUUCACUGAGAAAAUACUCGGCCAGACAAAUGACAUGCUUCGCCUUGCAAGUUGGACAGAUGCCCAGAUAUUCGAUUUCCCUGAACCUGACUUCAUACGCCUCUCUGAUCAAACAGUCGAGUCUUGGUAUUCAUUGAGCGAGGAAGAACACACAAAAAUGCUGGACUGGCUCUCUCCAUUGAAGUGCCAUGAGCAUCACCAAUUCAUCUCGGACUACAGGAUGCCGGGCUUUGGACAGUGGCUGCUCAACGACCCGCGGUAUAAGUCAUGGCAUACAUCAAACUACUCGUCCAUUUUGUCGCUUCAGGGCAUUCUGGGAUGUGGAAAGACGACGUUGUGUUCUGUCGUGGUGGAUGAUCUGAUCACGACUACCACGAAAUAUCCGACUGCGGCUCCAUUUUCUUACAUUUACUGUUCAAGUGAAGAGUUUGAGCGAGGUCGAUCUUCGUCAAAUGACGUGAUGCGUACCAUUCUAAGUCAAUUGGCUUUUGGCAGAGCCGAACAGUCCAGGGUUUAUAACUCACUUUGGUCUGACUUUGAGCGUCGUUCCGCUUUGGCCCGAGUCAAUGAGGUCGACGUUGACAAAUUGACAAGCGAUGACUGUGUACGGCUGAUUCUUGAAAUAGCUGAGCAAGAACCUCUAACCGUCGUCAUUGAUGGCCUUGACCACAUCAAAGGGGAGGGGAAUCGCGCAAUAAUUGAUGCUUUGGCGAACAUUGUUAUGAACUCGGAGAAUGUGGUCAAGGUCCUCCUGUCCACCAAAGACAACCACCAUCAUCUCUCAGUAUUGUCGCCAAAUGAGACAAUCAACGUUACGGCUCAGGAAGUCCGUAGUGACAUGGAAACUUUCGUCAAUCACCAACUUGACACCGCUCUUGCAGCGGGAUGGGUUGAUGGUAGAGUUUGGCCUACUUUGAGAGGCGUGUUGCGGCAGGCUCUUCUCGACAAUGCUGGUGAGAGUUUCAUCUCAGCACAGCUACAGAUCAGACGCUUAACUAGCGAGCGGACUGAAGAGGGCAUCAUGUUUGCAUUGAGGAACAAUGUUGCCGCCGAUUUGAACAGCAUGUAUGAGCACGUCCUGAAGGGUAUCCUUGAAGAGACGGGCCCGGAUCGCACAACGACCAUCACUACAUUCUCACUGCUUCUCUACAUGAGAGAGUCCCUGACUCCUUCGGCCUUCCUAUCAGCUGUGGCGACAACAAGUGACAUCACUUUGACGUUGCCACAAUUGAUGGAAAUGUGCUCUGGCUUGAUUGUGCUGGACCCCAAGUGCAAUACUUUGCGCUUUUUGCACUCCUCAUUUAAAGAGUAUUUGGUCAAUAUUGACCUAUUUUCGCCCAUCUCAGGACACAGGCUGCUUACCGAACUCUGCCUGGAAGUUUGCUCACGAGGUCCACCAGUAGACUAUGAGAUGUCAUCAGCAAAGGACAGUAUUUACGCUUAUGCUGCAGCAAACUGGCUGGUCCAUUUCAAAGCCGUUCAAGAUGAACAGUUGGAAGAUGCUCUGUGCAAACUGGUAUUAGCCUUUCUUUUCGACGAGGGGUUCAAUAUUACUUCCUCGUUUGGGAUCUGGCUCGACAACAUUCAGCUCCUCGUCAAGCAUUUUCCAAAUGGCCAUGUCUUAAAAGAGGCUGUUGGUGGAGUCCCAAACACCAGGGAAGCGCUGCUAUUCAUAGUUAGCGCCUUCGGGUUGGAUAAAAUCCUCGAGCCUGUGUUGCAAGCUACUCUGGGAGUUGAUCUUUCUUGCAAAACUCACCAAGGCCACACUCCCAUCUAUCUUGCUGCUGCUUUCGGACACAUCUCUGUCAUUUUAACUCUGCUAAACCAUGGCGCUGAGAUAGAUGUUCAAGGCGGAGGACACGGCAGUCCAUUGAAUGCCGCCUGUUUUGCAGGUCACACAGACGUGGUGGGCAAGCUGCUUGAGCAUGGCGCCUCGCCGCGGUGUGGAACUGCGGUUUGCAAUGCUCUUGAGGCCGCAUAUCAAGGCGGUCGAGAGGGAGUCGCUCUUCGCCUUCUCCAAAACGGGAGAGUACUCCAGACAGCAGCCGACUAUGAACGGGCAGUUUUAGGUGCUGCACAGGCUGGGUUUCUAAAAGUUCUCCAGCAACUCCAACAGGAUAUUUUUACUUCAGUGAAGGUCUCGGAGUGGAAUGAGGAUCAAAUGAAGGCAGUUACCAGGAAGGCUAUUGAAGGCGGGCAUCUCAACGUUCUGCGCUGGUCUCUUUCUGUGAACGCCGGCAGGACGAGAAUCUUCCCAGAGGAUGCCGUUGCCAUCGCUGUGCUGUAUGGACGCCCACAUCUGAUUCAGUUUCUGCUUGAGAAGGGCAUGGGCAUUGAGACGGAGGGGAAAUUUGGCACACCCCUAGCAACGGCGAGCUUAUUGAACCACCGUGCCCUUGUCCUAUUGCUUCUUCGACAUGGGGCCGAGGUUGAUGCAAGGGGGACUACUGGUACUGCGCUCUAUCUUGCCGCAGUCAAAGCUCAUACGGACAUUGUCCAGCUUCUCCUCCAAGCGGGUGCCAAAGUCAACCAAAAGUCUGGAUCUAACGGAACUGCCUUGCGAGCGGCCGCAUCCCAUGGCUCUUUCGCCACGACAAAGGUCUUACUCAGUGCUGGUGCGACUGUGAGGGUUUGGAAGAUAUCUGAGAAACCAUUCCUUGCAGCGAUUGACGGGGGAAAUCCAGACGUUGUGGCGCUCAUGCUGGAUCACGGUUACCGCGAGUUCAAUUCUGACCACAGAGAUCUUUGCGGCUUAUCCGGAUUUCCAUCGAAGUACAGAGCCUUACUGCGGGAUGCAUCUCCCGGACGUAAGAAUCUUGUCUCCAGGCCCCUAAAAUACGACGAGGAACCAGGUCCAUCACUAACACCUCCCGCCAACCUUGAUGCCAUCUUUCGGGCGGAGAAGGACUCCUCGUCACUUAGUGACGCUUCAUCACCAGAGCCAACUUGCUCCAGAGGGCCUAUGGAUUCAUAUAGGAGCUCGAACUCGCUUUUCAGAAGCGCUUCUCUCGGAAACAAGGACGUGGUUACGUUGAUCCUCGGCAAAUCGGAGGCUCUGGACAUACGUGAUGAGCAUGUCACAGAAGCGGCCAGCAUAGCCUCCAGAGAAGGCCACUCAUCGGUUCUCGAAGUCCUCAUUGACUACCUCGCUCCUAGGAUCCCGCUUGAGUCGUGCAUCAAAUCAGUUAUCAAAGCUGCUCGCGGUUGCGACUACGAACACUCCAAUGUGAUUGAUGUUGCGUUGGCCAAGGCGACCCAAUAUUGCCCCACGGAUCAAGCCGACCAACUCAAAGCGAAGGCCCGGGCGCCGUCCCAGAAAUGCAGAGAACUCAACAGUAUGGACAGGAAAGAGUUGCGCAGUCGGUUUGAAGCUGCUUGCGAAUUUCAGCGCUUAGAUCUGUUGAAGGACAUCCUAGAGUCAACGAAUCUCAGACAACUGAAGUCGAGUGACUUGAGCGACGGUCUUCAGCUGGCUGUUAUGAAGGGGCACACAACAGUCGUUGACAUUCUUCUGAGUUGUGAAGCCCUGAAGGGUAUGAUCAGAAUCUCCCAGGAUUAUGUUAUUGGUGCCGCUAGAAAUGGUUACCUGGAUAUCCUCAAGGCCCUCGUUUCCUACUGCCAGGCGAAACCCUCUGAUGCCAAACGCAUUGGCAAACACAUUGGCCGCGCAUUGGUGUCUUCUUGCAGAAGUGGACAUAGCGACGUUGUCCGGUACCUGGUCCAGGAACUAUCUGCCGAUGUCAACAAAGUUGUUCCCGACAUGCCAAUCGAGGAGGAACCGCGGAGACGAAGAAUGGAAAGGAGAUACAAUUAUUUCGGUGGCAGGUCCAAUUCUUCUGGCCCCCCGUCCUACACCUCGCCACUGCAAGCCGCAAUUCGAGGAUUUGGACCUAGAUGUGACCCGGACGAGUUCGAUUUUCUCAUGGUUGAAUUGGACUUUAGUGAGAUUGAUAACAGUGACAUAUCUCAACAUGAAGAAGUCGUCAAGAUCCUCGUUGAACAUGGCGCCAACCCCAAUGACUUGGGAGCUCAUGAGAUAUUCCCCAUUCAAGCAGCUGCGGAUCUCUGUACCGAAAAGGCCAUUCAGUUGUUGAUUGACGCUGGUGCAGACGUCAAUUCGGUCAACGGGGAAGGCUCUAGUAUAUUCAGGGCGGCAGGACAGGAGACUUCAGCGGCGAGCAUCGUCAAUGUGCUCUUGGACGCAGGUGCAAACCUUCUCAAUGAUGAAGCUGAGGUGGAAAAGCUUCAUCAGCAGCCAUUAAAGUACUUUGCUGGGCAAAUGUCCUCUACAGACUUCCAAGACAGCAUGGGCGAUCCUGAUGGGCGCUUCAGGGCUGCAAAGUCGCUUGAAUGCGUGUUCAAGGAUGGGCCUGGUGCUGUUAUCCGCACUCUUAUGGCACGCUUUACCCAGUUGAGAGCUUCCGACGAGAGGUAUGGACUUGUCCUUCAAAUGGCUGUCUGCCUCGGCGAUUAUUCAUACGUCGACAUGCUCCUCUCGCGGGGCGUGAACGUAAACGCCUUGGGGCAUUACUAUGGUACAGCUCUCCAGGCUGCAUCACGAUUUGGGCAUUUACCCAUGGCCACGAAGCUCCUGGAGGCAGGUGCCAAUGUCAAUAUUCUUCAAGGGCGAUGGCACACGGCAUUGCGGGCUGCAAUCAUGAGCUGCAACGAACUGAUCGUUCAACUGCUGCUCGAUCAUGGCGCAGAUAUGCAUCUCGCAUUCGAUACAGACACGGUAUCGCGCAGUGGCAGGAAAUAUCAAUCUCCGACUGCCUUACAACUAGCAGUUGGCGCUGGCAAACUUGAGAUUGUUGAGACACUUCUUGCAGCCGGAGCAGACGUGUCUGGAGACGUGUCUGGAGAUGUCUCAGAGGGCUCGACCCGGCCGAAGAUUGGGGUCGAGCAUCAUCCGCUGAUUCUGAGCGCCGAGCAAGGCAACUUGGCAAUUGUUACGGCUUUGCUUGAUUCUGGGGCUCCUGUCGAUGUUACGGGACAGAUGGAGAUUUGGCGGUACUCCUUUAACGAUGUGUACGCCAGUCCUUUGAGUGCAGCUGUCAAGGCCGGACACAUCGAUGUCAUCCAGCUUCUCUUGGCCCGCGGCGCCAACGUGAACAAGAAAGUUAAUGAUGGCUUUCCCGCACUCAUGCUUGCGGCUGAAAACGGCUCGAGACAGACUGUCCAGCUCCUGAUCCAGCACAAGGCCGAUGUCAACUAUUCCGUCCGAGGGAUGAGCGCGCUGACGUUUGCCAUCAGCGAAGGCUAUGCCGAUAUUGUCCAGGAUUUACUGGCAGCUGGCGCCAAGGUAACAGGGAUGAACAUGCCCAAUGCUCUCAGCGAGGCUUGUAGGAAAUGGGCAAAUACUCGUAUUCUGGAGCUUUUGCUUGAGGUCGCAUUGAGCACCGAUAACCCAGAGCCCACCAUCAACCAAGCAUUCUCGGCCGUUGUCCGGCUAGAGGACGAAAAAAGGAUGGGAAUUCUGCUUGAUUAUGUUCCUGCCAACGCGAAACGAUUCAUCCAAGGCUGUACUAUCGGAUCCGAACUGGUAGUAAAGCGCAUGCUUAAGCAAGGCAUGGACCCCAAUCAGCCAGAUGAUCAGGGAUGCUAUCCACUUCAUGCUGCGGCCGUUGAUUUGCAAGCCUCGAUUAUUCAGAUUCUGCUCAAUCACGGAGCAGACGUGGAUUGUAUCAGCAAAGAGCACGGAACACCUCUGAUGGCAGCUGUGAUGGCUUGCUCCGCACCACGAUUUGAGUUCUCGGCGGAGUUUAUGGGUUCUUUGGAACGUCGUAAUCUAGGCUGUGUUGGGAGCACCUGGACGGUAGGUACCGACUUUCCACCCCCUCCAGUUAAGCCCCAGCGUCUGGAUCGGUGUGAGAAAAUUGUGGAGGUUUUGUUGAAGAACGACGCCCGUCCAGGCAACGUGGACACGUCCUGGUUGGAACAGGCGAUGGAGGCAAGCGGCGAGGGACCGCCAAUGGUUGGCCCGCCGUUGCACCUUGCGUGUCUGACUGGGAGCAUGGCAAUCGUAAAACAAAUCCUCGACAAAGGAGCAAGUGUCAAUGAGACUGGCGGGACUUUUUUGCAUGCGCUGUUCGCUGCUUUGGUGACACACCAGCCCGACAUGGUCAAGUUUCUACUCGAGCACGGGGCCGACACGAAACAGUUUCAUCAGAAGUUUGGAACUCCGCUCCAUAUUGCUGGUAAGCUGGCUGAUGUUGACUCCGUCCGAGAGUUGCUUAAGCAUGGAGCGGACGCAACCGCGAUCGAUGCUGAUGGCAAGCUUCCACUCGAAGUGACUAUCCUGCAAAUGGACAAUCGUCGUCGUCUACGUCAAGGCGACAACAAAAAAUGCGAACAUAAGAAAACCUUGGUGGACAUGCUUCUCCAAGCAGGAGGCAAGAUUCCGAUUUCUGAAGAUCUCGUGAGAAAUGCUGCUGAAUCGGGGGAGUUGAGACAACUAUUAGAUGACUCGGAUCUCUAUAACAACGCUCUCUCUGAACAAGUUGUAUGCGCUGUACUGUCCUCUGAUGGCACUAUAAGCAAAGACGAACUCCACGCAAUCAUGGAACGAACUGGUGGACUAGGGGUUACAGAGAUGAUGCUGAAAGCUGCAACAAAUUCCAGGAUGGCCACCAUACUCCUGGAUUUUCAAGCCGGUUCCAAGGUCACCGCGGAUGUGCUGUAA